UCUCAUUUCCUGGGUGCUCUCCUUCUGUGAAACUCCCAGCAUAAUUAUAUUCCACAAUAUAUAUUACACCACUCAUCUCAAAGAUCGAUCGAGGAAGAGAUUAUUCUAUACAGAAAUGGGAAACUGCUGGAGCUUACCUGUGAACAGCGCUCCAAGCAACAACGCACUUCCCAAAUCCAAAGAUAGAUCGAUCUUGCAGGCGGCGAUAAUGGAAGGGGAAGUAUGGAGGUGGGACCGGAUGAGGCGGUGGAUAUGGCGAUGUCACCUGGCGGCAAGAGCAGAGAAGGCGGCGUUGACUUGCCGGCCAGCGGUAGAAUAGUGACGCCCAACUUGAAAAUGUUCAGUUUCUCUGAACUGGAGAGAGCCACGAGGAACUUUAAACCGGCGACGGUGUUGGGUGAAGGUGGGUUCGGUCGAGUUUUCAAGGGGUGGAUUGACGAGAAGACGUUGGCCCCGUCCAAGGUCGGCGUCGGAAUGGCGGUGGCCGUAAAAAAAUCUAAUCCAGACAGUGAACAAGGCCUCCGGGAAUGGCAGGCUGAAGUGAAAUUUUUAGGGAAAUUUACCCACCCUAAUCUUGUGAAGUUAAUUGGCUAUUGCUGGGAAGAUAAUGAAUUUCUACUGGUGUAUGAGUAUAUGCAGAAGGGUAGCCUGGAAAGCCACCUUUUCAAAAAAUGUGCUGAAGCUCUUUCUUGGGAGACGCGGUUAAAAAUAGCUAUAGGUGCAGCUCGAGGGCUUGCUUUCCUACACUCUACAGAAAAACAAGUUAUUUACCGUGAUUUUAAAGCCUCCAACAUAUUGCUGGAUGGGGAGUUUAAUGCGAAGCUUUCAGAUUUUGGAUUGGCGAAAUUAGGUCCAGUCAAUGGAAACUCGCACGUAACAACACGAAUUAUGGGAACCUACGGCUACGCAGCACCAGAGUACAUGGCUACUGGUCAUUUGUACGUGAAGAGUGAUGUGUAUGGUUUUGGAGUGGUUUUGUUAGAAAUAUUAACAGGGCUAAAAGUAUUAGAUCUGAGUCGGGCUAGUAAUGAGCAAAAUUUGGUGGAAUGGACUAAGCCCAUAUUAGGGGAGAAAAGGAAGAUAAAGACGAUAGUGGACCCAAGACUUGAAGGCAAGUAUCCUUCCAGGGCUGCAACCAGAAUAGCAGAGCUGAUAUUAAAGUGUUUUCAGGAUGAACCCGGGAAGAGACCGUCCAUGGAUGAGGUUUUGAAGAGCUUGCAGGAAAUUAACGACGUCAAGACCAGACGGAGAGACCACAGAUCCAAUCGUAGUUAGCCCAGUCGAUCUGCAGAUUAUUCAACCAUUAUCUAUAUAUGUAUAGUAUAUUCUUAAUUAAUUAGGAAUCUCAUAGCAGAUCAGAUUAGAUUAUUAAUGUUUGCUAGUUUUCAUGAUUGAAUUGGGGCGCGGCUAUUAUUUGGUAAGAAAGGCCCAUCCAUACAUUACCCCAUUGUUAAUUGGCACUAUUAUAUUGCCCAUAUAUAGAACGUAGCUAGCUAGUAUUCAUAGUUUA